AUGAACAGAGAGUUUUCAGAGACGAUUUCCUCUAUAAAAUCUGAGAUUCGUAAAUCAACUAGUGACAAGAAGGGAAGCUCUGGAACAAUACUUAUAAUAGGAGGAAGCAAGUACUACACAGGAGCACCAUACUUUGCUUCGUUGGCUGCCUUUCACUCGGGAUCGGAGCUUGUAUAUAUAUUUUCAGAACCAGAGGCCACUGUCUCUUUGAAAACACUAUUGCCAGAAUCGAUAGUUUGUGGCAUAGAGUACCAGGAAUGGAUCCUGAAAAAAGUCAGUUGCUGCAUCAUGGGGCCUGGACUUGGAAGGCCUUCAGAAGAAACAUGCAAGGAAAUAACAAGAAUUUUGUCGUAUUUAGGGAGAAGAGAUAUUCCAAUAGUCAUAGAUGGGGAUGGGAUAAGGCUAGCAUCAAAGCUGGAUAUUGGAGACCUCAAAACUGUUAUUAUUACCCCCAACACUAACGAACAAAAAUACAUUGGUGAGUUUGAAAAAAGGAUUUUCUAUGUUCUGAAAGGCUCAAACGACGUGAUCUUGUGGAAGGACAAAGAAGUAAAGAUCAACAAUGAGGGAUGCCCAAAGAGAAUUGGUGGGCAAGGAGAUAUCCUGGCGGGUACCAUAGCGUCACUGGUCUCUAAGUGCAAGCCUCCAUCUUCAGACAAAGAGGUCUUUGGGUCAAUAAUACUUGGAUGUGUAAUGGUCAGAAAAGCAGGGAGACUUGCAUAUGAAAAGUAUUGGAAGAGCUUGAUAACUAGAGAUAUAUUAGAAAUGCUAAAAGAAAGUUUCAGAGCUGGUGUUGAAGACAGCCCAGAGCUAUUGGCACUCCAAAGUAGGAAGUGA